UCAGAUAGCUCAACAUGAACUUUAACCGUCAAGAUCAUUUAAAAAGUGAACAGAACAAUAUUUUUCCUUCUGAGAGCUGGCUACAGGAUUCUGAGUUUCUCCUGCAGUGCUGUCCUAGUCGCUACCUUUUCCUAAAACAGGACAUGGAGCUAUGUUCCUUUCUUCACGUUAGGUGCUAAUGAAGUUAUUUGCUUCAUCAGAGGAAAUGCAGAUCCAUGAAAUUACAUUUUGUGCAAGUUGUCAUUAACUCUGUUGGCAAUGUCUAUGAUUCUAUCUGCCUCUGUGGUCCGUGUGAGGGAUGGACUCCCAUUGUCUGCAUCUACUGAUUAUGACCAGAGCACAGGAAUGCAAGAAUGUAGAAAAUAUUUCAAAAUGCUCUCAAAGAAACUUUCUCAGCUUCCUGAUAGAUGUACUCUGAAAACUGGGCAGUAUAACAUAAACUUUAUCAGUUCUCUGGGAGUGAGCUAUAUGAUGUUGUGCACUGAAAAUUAUCCCAAUGUGCUGGCUUUCUGCUUCCUGGAUGAGCUUCAGAAAGAGUUCAUCACUACCUACAAUAUGAUGAAGACAAAUACUGCUAUCAGACCGUACUGUUUUAUAGAAUUUGAUAAUUUCAUUCAGAGGACCAAACAGAGAUAUAACAACACACGUUCUUUGUCAACAAAGAUGAAUCUUGCUGACAUGCAGACAGAAAUCAAGCUGAGACCGCCUUAUCAAAUUUCCGUGUCAGAACUUGGUUCAGCUAAUGGGUUCGCACAUUUAUCGAUGGCAGAGUAUAAGGGUACUGGUAAGAUAUCUGCAGCUCCUCAUCAGCGUCUGGAACCUGUGACUCUGCCAGGGAUUGUCUCAUUUGUGCUUAGCCUGUUAUGUGGGGCUUUGAAUUUAAUUCGUGGCUUUCAUGCCAUAGAAAGUCUUCUCCAGAAUGAAGGUGAAGAUUUCAGCUACGUUAUUGCAUUUUUUCUUGGAACAUUAGCCUGUUUGUACCAGUGUUACCUGUUUGUAUACUACACAGGCUGGAGGAAUGCCAAAUCCUUCCUGACUUUUGGGUUAAUUUGCCUGUGUAACAUGUACCUGUAUGAACUGCGCAACCUGUGGCAGCUCUUCUUUCAUGUGACUGUGGGAGCAUUUUCUACCUUACAAAUUCGACUGCGACAACCACAGGGAAAGUCCCCUGAUUACAAUGUCUGACAAGUCCUGGAACAUUUAGAGGCAGUCUUGUUCCAACAGUUACUCACUCUCAGGAAUGUAAAGCUGUUCUCCAAAUGAAGAAGCUGUCUGGAUGGGGCUUUUUUUUUUUUCCUUCUUUUUUUUUUAAAGGAAUCAAUGUAAGAUGCC